AGGUUGGAGCAGGAGAUGAAGAGAGUUCAAUAGGAGGAGGAAGAGAGGUGAAAGGCUGCCAAAGAAGAAGCAGCAGCAAAAUAAGAGAAAGAGAGGAUGCGUAUUGAGAGUAGAGAAGGGAGUAGUGACACAAAGAGGGAUACAGACGCAGAAAUGGAGAAGAGGAUAAGUGAGUGGGUCGUUAAUUUAUCGUUGGGAGAAGACGAGGAGGUGGAGUCUUAUGUGACUCAGGAUGAGAGGGAUGCGCUAGCCAGUGAGCUAGCAGCAAUGGAGGACCCUAUGGAACGGCGAGAAAGGGAGGAGGAGCAGAAGUUGGCAUGGAAAUUGAGGAUGAAGAGGGAGAAGAAGAGGAGGAGAGAGGAAGUUAACAAACUGACCGCAGAGGUGGCGAAGGUGCAAGACUGUAGGAAAGAAGUGGAGGCUCAGGCAGACGACAAGGCCAAGUGGGAUAAAGUAUUCGGGUACCUGGAGGUGCUGAGUACAACAUGGAUGGAGGAGCGCCAAGCCAGUUGGAGCCAGGAGGUAGCCUUGAGUGCCAUGCGGUCGGGAUUUAGAGAUUUUGUGCGCGAUAUUGUCACCCACCUUGGGGGCGAAGUCAGGCAAAUAAGGGAUAAUGUAGGGAAGUUCUACGAAGGCGCCAUUGAAGGUGCCAAAGCGAUAGCCGCCGUAGAGGGCGAGGCCAGGCCUCCCAAGGACCCAGUCAAGCUUCAAUUUCCAGACGUAUAUGGAGGGAAGAAGGAGGAGAACUUUGACAACUUGGAGGCCAGUGUCAAUAGUUACGUCUUGGAGAAACUUAGAGAGGCUAACUUCAAGAUCAAUGCGAAGAAGUGCGAGUGGGCCAAGACACAAGUCCUGUACUUGGGCCAUGUACUAGACGGAGAUGGCAUUAAGCCAGAGGACAAUAAGAUAGCGGCGAUUAGAGAUUGGCCGACGCCCCGCACAUUGACAGAGUUGCGGUCGUUCCUAGGCUUAGCUAACUACUAUAGGAAGUUCGUAAGGAACUUCUCUACUAUCGCCGCUCCCUUGCGCAGGUUUCUAAAGAAAGAGGCAAUCUGGCAAUGGGACAAAGACUGUACGUCUGCGCUCAAGAAGCUAAAGCGCGCGUUAAUAGAAUAUCCUGUCCUCAAAGUUGCAGAUCCGUCUUUGCCAUUUGUCGUCACCACGGACGCGAGUCAGUAUGGUAUAGGCGUCGUGCUGCAGCAAGACGACGACAAUGGCUAUAGACCCGUAGAGUUCAUGUCUGCGAGGAUGCCCUCAGAGAAGGUUGCUACCUCGACGUAUGAGAGAGAACUCUACGCUCUCAGGCAGGCUUUAGAGCAUUGGAUGCAUUAUCUGCUUGGGAGGCACUUCAAAGUGUAUUCUGACCAUGAAACACUUAGAUGGUUAAAGGCCCAGGCCAAGAUGACACCUAAGCUAACUAGGUGGGCCGCUGAAAUAGACCAGUACGACUUUGAGCUCAAGCCAGUGAAGGGCAAAUAUAACGUAGUUGCGGAUGCUCUGAGUAGGAGAUCAGACUACUUUGGAGCCAUAGUCCACUAUCUGGAUAUAGGGAGAGACCUGCAUGAGAAAGUGCAAGUUGAAAUGGUACAGAAGUACUGCCUUCGACUCCUCGGUUUUGCAUUCGACCUGCCAUCACUUCUUGUCCUCAGAGUAAGUAGGAACUGAACUGUAUUGUUCCUCUCCUCCACAGCAAACACUUGGCUGGCAGUAGAGGGCACCUCCCUCGCCUCCCCCCUCACCUCCUCCCCCCUCACCUCCUCCUCCCUCACCUCCUCCUCCCUCUCCUCCACCCCCCUCUCCACCACCCAAGAAGACCUCUCCACCUCCUUCUUCAGCUGGAAUAGCUGGUAUGCCCACUCCUCCGUGUCCAUGCCCUCCUGCCCCUCCUUGUCCGGAGGAGAACGGGUAUCUGAAAGGCGAUCCUCAUUUCAUAGGAAAACACGGAGAGCGGUUCGAUUUUCAUGGCAAGCCUGACCGUGACUACUGCCUCAUAUCUGAUAAAAAGCUUCAUAUCAA